AUUACUUUUACAUGUAAGCAGAGAAGGAAGAGAUUAUAGAUGAACUUACCUAAUUAAAAAUUGAGAGAUCCAAAAGAAGACAAAGAAAAGAAUGGGAAUUAAAAAUGAUGGGAAAAUGCAUAACUUGGUUAAUUUAUGCAUAUGCAGCAGCAAUAAUAACAACAGGAUUGAACUACAUAUUGGUAAUUAAGAUUAUUGAAUUAUUAGUUAGAAAAAAGCUUUAAGUAUGAAGGAAUAGUAGAGGAUAGUUGUUAAGAUUUUAAAACACUCAAAUCAGUUAAUGAUCAAAUAUUCCCUCUAUUAGACGAAUUGACUGUAAAAAUAAGAAUUGAAAUAAUAGUACAAAAAAUAUUUCAAGAUCUUCAGAGUAAACUUAGAAAAUGAUUGUCCAUUCUCUAUUGGAGAGUAUAUUUGUACAAGCAAAAAAUGUGUAAUUUGCACAUGCAACACAACAGAAGUAAAAUGUUAAUAUAUUCUAGAUUCCAUCUAAUUGGUUAUCACCAGCAUCAUCUCCAAUAAAUUAUCCAAAAGAUGAUUUUGCAUUUUGGGAUUCAGAAAGAUACCUAUGUAUGAAAAUAAAUGAGACUUAGCUCCUUCUGAAUGGAUAUGGCAUGUUGAAGAUAUAGAAAAUGAUAAAGGUGUUUACGUGGAUUUGAAAUUAAAUCCUGAGGCAUUUACAGGAUAUUAAGGUUAACAUAUAUGGGAUGUGAUAUAUAGAGAAAAUUGUUAUUAAGGAUCAUUGAGUGAAAUGUGCAAAGAGAAGAGAGCAUUGAAUAAAUUAGUAUAAGGAUUACAUACUUCAAUUUCAACUCAAUUAAGUGAAUUCUAUGUAGAUUUAUCAACAAAUAAUACUUAUCCAAAUUAUACACUAUAUUUUGAGAGAGUUGGAAAUCAUCCUGAAAGAAUAAGAAAUUUAUUCUUUUUAUAUUCAGUUCUUUUAAGAUCAGUUAUAUUGGCAUCUGAUGGAAUAUAAAAACAUGAUAUAAAUUCUUAGUCUUUUGAAGAAGAUGGUAGAUCAAAAUAUCUCUUAAAUUAAAUAUUAUCUUUAGGUAAUAAUUAAUGUUAAAAGCCUUUUGAUGAAUAAUAGUUCUUUAAUUAAAUAACAUUUGUAAUAAAAAGAUUAUUAUGGUUAGGAAUAAAAAAAAGAUUAUCAAAGAUAUAUUCACAAUAUAAGUAGAAUAAUGGAUUGUGUAGAAUGUCAGAAAUGUAGAGUAUUUGGAAAGAUGUAAACAUAUGGAUUAGGAACAGCAUUGAAAAUUCUAUUUUCUGAAUCUCCUGCAGAAUUUUCAGGUAAAUUGAAAAGAAAUGAGAUUGUUGCAUUAAUAAAUACAUUUGGAAAAGUUUCAAGUUCUGUAAAAUCAAUAGAUUUAAUGUUUGAAAGGAGAGCUAGAUUUCAUUAUAAUUUAUUGAUAACUAUAGGAAUAGUCGGUGGAGUAUUCAUAAUAUUUAUGGUGGCAAUUAGAAAAAUUUAUUCUGAAAUGGAUAAGAAAAUAUAAAAUAUGUUUAAAGGAAUGCCUUCAGAUAAUGCUUAAAAAGGAAAUAGAGGUUAAAAGAGUAAACGUGAUUGAAUUAAAACAUAGAUAGAAAU